GCCGUCCUGCGCCGGCCCCCGCCAUCCGCACGUCGUUUCCCUGGACUCCUGCCAUGGAAGGCUCGACUGCCCCGAAGCAAGAAAGAGAACACCAGCCAUCGGGGGGACGAGGGGAGCCAUGGGAAGAAAUGACGGCAGCUUCAUCCCAAGAUCCUCAGCCGGGGUCAUCGGAACCCCCGGCGUCGGAGCAGCGGCCGCACGCUGGACCCCAGCCCCGGAGCUGCCCACCUCGGAGCCCUCAGUGUCGAGGCAGCACGCCCGUGGGUGGCCUCCCAGAACCCGGUGCGUCAUGCGCGCCUUCGCCCCCUCAGCAGCCCCCCUCCACUCCUCCUCUGGCUCUGUCGGGGCAGGACCCGGCCGUGCCAGGGCGGACAGACAAGACCACCAGUGCGACCCCUGACGCCCGGAGGCCUCCCCGUGACCGCCUGAGACAGCCGUCUGGGGGAGCAGAAUCGGCUCCUCCUGAACCGGGCCGAUCAAAGGGGGCCGCCUUGCAACAGUUUCAGCAAACCGACAGUCAGCAGCGGGAGCCGAAGGACGUGAGCUGUAACAACUCUCAACCGAGCGCGCGGAGAGCUGACACUCUGCAGGAGGGAGACGCGAACGCGAGCUACGACCCGGAUGAGCCUGAGCCUGCUGAGCCUGAAGCGGCCCCCAGCGUGCUUGAGAUCGCCAUUCGGAACGCUAAGGCUUACUUACUGAGGAGCAGCAGCGAGUCGGGCUUAAAUCUAUACGAUCAUCUCUCUAAUAUGCUGACCAAGAUCUUCGAUGAGCGUCCUGAAAAUGCUGUGGACAUCAUCGAAAACAUUAGCCGAGAUGUGAAGAUGGUACAUUUUAGUAAAAAAUUGGAUACACUCCACAAUGAGAAUGAGAUGCUUUCAACAUAUGAAAUAGCAGAGAAGCAAAAGACUCUUUUUCUCCAGGGAAAUUUGGAAGGAGCUGACCAAGAGCUGGAAGAUGAAAUAGCAGAAAACCCUCUCCCAAAUGUAAUGGAAUCAGCGUUUUAUUUUGAACAAGCUGGAGUUGGUUUGGGCACAGAUGAGACUUACCGCAUAUUUCUUGCCCUCAAGCAACUUACCGACACCCACCCCAUCCAGAGGUGCCGCUUCUGGGGCAAGAUCUUGGGCCUGGAAAUGAAUUAUAUUGUAGCUGAAGUGGAGUUUCGCGAGGGAGAGGAAGAGGAGGUGGAAGAGGAAGAUGUGAGUGAAGAGAGGGGCGACGGGGAGAGCGAAGGUGAAGAGGGCGGCGAGGGGGAGUCGCCAAGGCCCUCUUACAAGGCCCCACAGCCCAUACCAAAAGAGGAAAGCAGGACAGGUGCCAACAAAUACGUCUACUUUGUUUGCAAUGAACCAGGACGAGCGUGGGUGAGGUUACCAUCAGUUACGCCCGCACAAAUUGUUACUGCCAGAAAAAUCAAGAAAUUUUUCACUGGGCGAUUGGAUACUCCCAUCAUAAGCUACCCACCUUUCCCAGGAAAUGAGAGUAAUUACUUGCGAGCGCAAAUUGCCAGAAUUUCAGCAGGGACCCAUGUCAGCCCUCUUGGAUUCUAUCAGUUCGGUGAAGAGGAAGGAGAGGAAGAGGAAGAGUCAGAAGGCGGGCGAGAGAGCUUUGAAGAAAACCCUGAUUUUGAAGGCAUCCAGGUGGUUGAUCUAGUGGAGUCCCUGUCCAACUGGGUUCACCACGCACAACAUAUUCUCCCUCAGGGUCGCUGUAAUUGGUUCAACCCCAUACCAAAAAGUGAAGAGGAAGAAGAAGAAGAUGAAGAAAAGGCAGAAGAAGAAAAAGAAGAAGAGCCUGACUACAUAGAACAGGAAGUGGGGCCUCCUCUCUUGACACCAAUCUCCGAAGAUUUAGAGAUGCAGAAUACACCGCCUUGGACAACACGACUCUCUUCAAAUCUCAUCCCUCAAUAUGCUAUUGCUGUCCUCAGAUCCAACCUCUGGCCUGGGGCAUACGCCUUUUGCAAUGGCAAAAAGUUUGAAAAUCUCUACAUAGGCUGGGGUCAUAAAUACAGCCCAGACAGCUAUACACCCCCAGCUCCACCACCAGUUUGUGAGGAAUACCCCAGCGGACCAGAAGUCACAGAAAUGGAUGACCCCAGUGUGGAAGAAGAGCAGGCUUUCAGGGCUGCUCAAGCAGCUGUCCUCCCGGCCGAGGAGAACGAGGGAACCGAUGAAGACGAAGAGGAGGAAGAGGACCGUGACUGAGGAGCAAAACCGGCGGCUUGCUCCAGCGGCACGUAUGCUAAAGCAAAACCGCCGCCUUCCACGCGACCGAUGCCUACGUACCACUUAUGUGGGCCUAACUGUAUAUGAGAACAUCAGGCUGGGGAUUUCACAUUUGGAACUGUUCGUGUGUGCUUAUAGGAAGAUGCUCAGUGGGUUUUCCAGAGGCUGACUGACAUGUUCUGCUUCACUGUUCUGAUAGCUACAACUAAUGGAAUAUGUGUUUCUGUAUUUUUUUUCCCCACGUCUAAGGUUUAACUUCUAAUAUGGCAAACAUGAAAAUAUAUAACCCGCCCCGCCGGGUGUGGCUCAGCGGUUGAGCAUCGACCUGGGAUCC